ACCCUUCUUCCUUUUCGCUGGGUUUUGAAAGCUCCCACCUUUCCUUUCUUUCAAAGAAGAGAAACAGGACCAAGAGAAGAGGUGGAAUCUGAUUCUCCUCUCUUUCAUCUUGUUCCUCUGCUAAAUUGACUGCCAUAUUCAUAUCAUUGUCUGGGUUUUUGUUUUAAUUGCAUAAAAAUCUCAAAAAUAAGGGUUUUUGUGAAUUAAAACAAAUGGGUUCAUUUGAAGCUUCAGAAGAAACUGUAAAAUUUCUAUGCGAGAGGCUUGUGGAUCAAACUCAACCCAUUUCUGAGCGUUUCAGGGCUCUUUUCUCUCUCCGCAAUCUUAAAGGCCAUCUUCCUCGUGAUGCUCUUAUUCUCGCUACAAGAGAUGCUUCAAAUUUGUUGGCACACGAAGCAGCAUUUGCAUUGGGCCAAAUGCAAGAUGCGGAUGCUAUUCCUGCCUUAGAAUCCAUUCUCAAUGACUUCUCUUUACAUCCAAUUGUUCGUCAUGAGGCUGCUGAGGCUCUCGGAGCUAUAGGCCUAGAGAUGAAUGUUCCUCUCUUAAAAAAAAGCUUGGUCUCUGAUCCAGCUCCAGAGGUUAGAGAAACAUGUGAAUUGGCACUGCAUAGGAUUGAGGAAAUGAAAUAUAAUAAGUCUGAAGAUAAAGGUCCAUCUCCAUAUUUGUCAGUUGACCCAGCUGCCCCAUCUUCUUGCUCUUCUAUAUCUGAACUAAGAGAUUUGCUCUUGGAUGAAGGAAAGGGUAUGUACGAGCGAUAUGCCGCCUUAUUUGCUCUACGCAAUGAUGGGGGAGAUGAGGCUAUCUCUGCAAUUGUUGAUUCCCUGGGAGCCAAAAGUGCUCUAUUGCGCCACGAGGUCGCUUAUGUGCUUGGCCAAAUGCAAAAUAAAGUUGCUUCGACCGCCCUUAUUAGGGUUCUAAAAGAUGUUGCUGAGCAUCCAAUGGUUAGACAUGAAGCUGCCGAAGCUCUUGGCUCAAUUGCAGAUGAAAAAAGUAUAUCACUUCUUGAGGAAUUCGCCAAGGACCCUGAGCCUAUAGUCUCACAGAGUUGUGAGGUCGCUCUCAGCAUGCUUGAGUUUGAAAAAUCUGGCAAAUCUUUUGAGUACCUCUUCAUGCAAGUUCCUGUUGUUGGGGAAGCUGCUUAAUCAUUGGAAGGGCAACCUUCUAGGUCAGAAGCAUUUUCCUAUCGCUCCUUGAGGUUUAUCAUACUAUAUACUUGGUGAUAUACAAGAUUUAAAUUAUUUUGACACUAAGAAGAGGGUUGUUUUGACCCGGAUAUCAAACCAACAGUAAAUUGUAGAACACUAAUUUUUGUGUAAGCUAUAAUUCUUGUGAAUCUUAAUGUUUUUGUGUGGGCGUGCUCGCAGGACGCUCUUCCAGUUAUCACAAAAGUUUGUUCAUCUUAAUCUAAAUGUGAAUCUUAAUGUUCUGAUGGCUGGCUAGGACAUUCGUCUCUUUCAUUGUUUGCUUUGAAUCUACCUAGGAGAUUCAUUGCUUAAUUACAAGUAAAUAAUGUGAAAUUUUUCCUUUUAUCAAACAAC